CCCUGGGCAAGUAACAUUUUCAUGCAGCAACCGAUAGUGUUGCGCGUUGUUGUUCGUCGGUCCUUGGGCAAGGACAGCGCCGAUACCGUAAAGCUGCCGAGGAGGAACAGUCCCUGAAGGAAUAGAGUACUGCAAACAACGCCAACACACUGAAACAGCUCCAUUGGGACUUCGAUAGAGAAUUAGCGUGUCUCAAGGCGCACCACGAAGCUCUGUAAGGAGAAGGCCCCGGCUAAACAGCGAAGUACCUCAAAAUAUUCCAUGAUGUAUUCGCUGUUCAAGCUGUUCCUGGUAUGGGUUUCAGCCACGCUGUUUAGCGGUUGCGACAGUCGAUCACUGGCGGGGAAGCUUCAAGACCUUCAGGAUAUUGUGUACGGACUCAGUGACCAGCAGCAACAGAUCCUGAAAGACCUCACCGUGGACUACGGAGAGAAAUAUGGGCGUCGGCAUGCUAGAGAGGGAUCAGAAUGUGAUACGAAUGAAACGUUCGUAACUGAGAAUUGCGGACUGGAUUGCAGGUGUGUUGAAGGAAGAAUGAAAUGCUGUCGGAUGCGGCGGAGCUUCGAUGAAAUAUCUGAGGAGGAGAUAGAGCGGUAUAGCAAUGCAUUUCUGACUGCCUCCCGAGACCCUCUCUACAAGGAGGCCUUUAGAACCUUGGCGUGGUUCCAUCCGGUCAUGGGUUGCAACAUGGUUAUACGUCCUGUGCGUGUGGACUUGCACCAUGCACUCAUGGCAUUCCAUCGACUGACGCUGCUCGCAUUUGAGAACCUCCUACGCCUUGUUGACUGCAGAGUCACCAUACCUUUCUGGGACGUAGGCCGUAAUUCUGGAACUCCCUACCUUGAGCAAAGAGUGUUCAAGAUUGGUACAUUCGGAGGCAAUGGUGUACCGCCCAACUACUGCGUGCAAGGCUCACCUUAUGGCGAGGGUUUUUACACACCAGCAAAGUUUGUUUACAAGGGCAAGGAACUGCCUUACCCCAAUUGUCUCCAACGCAAGGUGUUGCCUAACGAUCCGUCGUUUCCCUGGCUGCUGAUAGAAGUGAUGAUUUCGGCUUGCAGUGCAAAUGUGUCCGUGCUGGCCGAAGACGCCAUUAUUGAGAGUCUCGAUGGUGCAAUCCAUUUCAGUUUGGGUGGAUCUUUCAACAACGUCAUUGCCCAGGUCGACCCAAUCUUCUAUCUCCUUCAUUCAUACAACGACAAGAUCAUGGCAACGUACCAAGCUAAGGGAGAAGAGUACCGAACAGGAGAUGGCCUUUGGAACACUACACAGCCCUUAUCAGUGUUUGACUGGUUCAGAAUGGAUGACUUCCUAGACAUCAUGAAUUUGCCAGGUGGUGUUUGCACUCGAUAUGGCGCAUCACGGCCAAGGGAGGAGGCUAUCAGAAUGAAGAGCUACGCGUCACUGGAAUUGCCGAGGGAUGACCACAUAUAUGUUCCAUAUGAGGUUUUGAGGGAGAUGGAUGCAGACCCGGUUGUAACCUCUUUGACUGCAGAUCUUGCCAAAUUUGACAAAGCCCAUUACAGAUCCUUUCGUUGGACUGAAGAAGGAUUUCAUCUUGAUAAAGAUUGGAGGAACGAUUUCCUUACCGUGAACUUCUUUCCCUUGAAGCACGACAGUGCGGUGGACCUUUGCAGCACCUAUGCUAAGGAAGCAGCCAAUUUCAGGAACUACACUGGUUCUGCCGCCAGCCAAAUGCUGAUUGGCUAAACAGGGAAGGCUCGUGCUACAUGUUAAAAUUUGGUAGCAGCCUCACCUGCUCUUUUUUUUCCUUUCUCACUACUUCGGUGUUGAAUCUUAACAAUACUCCCUGUUAAUAAUUUUUCUUUGGGUGCUUCGGUGAAUUUUUGCAGAAAGCUGUGUUUUGGUCUGCUUGUUUCCCUUUUAACAGAACCGAUUUUUGCACUUCUGCACAACAUUUCUAAGCUGUUUGUGUUCAAAAUUGCAUUUUUUCUGCUUUAAUCGAUAAGAUUCUCUAACUCCCUCAAUGUAAUUAAAAUACAUACAAUUCUUUCCUACUCAUGGCUUUCUACAUGAUGCAUACUGCUUCACGUGACUUGAAAUGAGCAUUACUAUUUCGAGUUAAAAUUUACAAUGAUGACCCAUUAUCAACAAUAAAACUACUAGAACAUA